GGAUGCCUAGUGCGUCGGUCUGUCAUGCGUAGGUUCUUGUCUUCGUUUAAGGAUCAGCAACGGUGUGUUAUGCGCAACUGAACGCGCUCCCAGAUGGCCCUAAACAUGCCCACCAAAAAACAAAAAUGAAUUUUCGCAGGAGUACAUUAUAAUGGCGUUUUGCGACUAGGCGAAACGCCAGAUGACGAGGCCCGGUCUAAACUCAACCUGUAUCAUAAUGAAAAAGGGCGCCAAUGCUAAAUUGCAGUGUGUGAGCUCUUUCCAGAGUUACCUAGCCUUGUUUUGUGCAUGCUCGCAAGACAUCUGUACUGCGAAGGUUUCCAAUGAUCUUUGCAACGGGUUUUGUCGGUGCAUCUAUCCAACUUCUAUUCUCCUCCAGCAAUUUUAGUAUUGAAAGGCAUUUUCCAGGUGAUGGACGGGUUUCCCUACGGCCUGACAGUCCAACGAAAGGUGGCGGCAAAAAACUUCUACGCAUUGCAAAUCAAUAUAUCUGGGGCUGGAAGAGUUGCAGGUUUGUCAUGCAUCCCGCAACCUACACACAUGGUCUGGAAGUACUAUAGAUUUCGCGAGACCUCAGUGAUGCCUAUCUCGUGUGAAAGUUCGCCUUUUGCCUAGCAGAAAGGGGGCAGCUUUCAUUGGGGUGCAUGCAACAUACAUGUGAUCGAGACUUCGCACGGCAAGCUGCAUCCUUCCUGACCCAGACACAGGUAAUGGAGCCGUGCUCGUCUUUCUGCAACCAGCAUCACAAGUACACAAGUGAACAACUCCCCCUCCCCCUCAAAAUAUUUAAUAUUUGAAUAUUUAUUUGGUUACCAAAUAAUGCACUUUUAUGUCACCAAAUAAUACACUUUCGUGUCGUCAAAUCUUGCACAUUUCGACUCCAAAUGCGCAGCGAUUAUACUGCAUUUUGUGGCAGCAAACGUGUCGCUAAAGGUCGCGAAUCGGGAGCGUCUUCGUGCCUUUGACCGGUCGAGUCGAGGCCUGUGAUCUCCACACAUCUGGCGCAGAAAUCGGGACCAGAUGACUUCUGCGUUAUGAGUGAACAAGGAAACGGCAUCAACUAAAAGAAAGGGCCGGGCUUUCUUCUGCGUGUAUCAGGCAGCCGGGCCCGGGCAAAUUUCGGCCAUUGAAAUCGGCAUGAAAAAGCAUUAAUCUAAAAGCUUGGGCGGGGUGUGUUUCAUCGGCUACGUGGUCCGCCUUGCAAGGGGCCCCGUUUUGUUUCCUUCCCAUACGUGGCGCGUGGCGCCGAGGAAGGACGGGCCGGGCCCCUUCGGCUUUGGUGUUUUUGUGCCUCCACGGCCCCGGGGUGUUUUGUUUGAGUUUUUGCCCGCCUCUCAAGCGCACGCGCGCCGCGUGCCUUUUCUCUUUCCAGCUCCCGGGCUGCUUUCGCCGGGCUCCACCUGGAUGGCAGCUGGGCCGGUGGGGUCUUCGGCCAGUCUAUGUGGCCUCGCCGCGUUUGGGAAGGGGCGACGCCCGCGCGCUGGCGGCCUUGGCGUUUCGACAGGUUUCGUCCCCACCGGCAUUGGCGCCGUCCCCCAGUCGGGGUCUUUUCGGAGGGGCGUCGUCGUUUGUUGGUCGACAGGGAGUGGCGGUUGUUGCGAAGGACUGUGGGGUUUGCAAUAUUAAACCCAGCAGUAACCUUCGCAAUAACCUCUGCAAUAAUUGUUGCAUUAAAAAUGCAAUAAAAUGUGCUUUAAUUUGUUUUCAUUGAAAUCCUUAGGGAUUUCAGUGUGUAACAAAUUAAAGCAAAUUUUCAUGCAAAUACUAAACAAAAAUUAAACUUAAUUUAAACCACAAAUUACGCCGCUUUUAAAGCAAAACAACAGGGCAAGGUGAGUCCAGGGGGGGGUGUCGCCUCCGCGCCGCGGGGGGGUGUUUGGCGUGAUUAUUUCGGCAAGCAAGACCCGGGCUCCGCAGGUGUGGAAGCAGCCGGCAUUCGUCCGGUGUUGCGCCGGAUGUGGCCGGCGCGUCCGUGUCGCUUUGGUGUUUCUGCUGGGGGUGGGACUGGGGUUGUCGUGUUUUUGCCCUCGGCCGGUUUUUCCUCGUGGGGCUUUGUUGGCCCCGCAUUUUUUGGGGGCGAGGUGGACAGGGGCCAAUGGCUCACCCGACCACCCCCAUCCCGGCCCCCUUCCAGCUUGAUUUCAUCGAAACCCAUAGGACCGGGGCGGCCUGGCCCCCCUGCCUUGGUCCUGGCCAAGCCGCGCGGUGUUUUCGGUGUGCCCUUUGUGGGGUUUGGGGCCGGCUCUGUGGGAUCAAAGUCAUCACUUCGGCCAAGAAAUUAAAGCACUUUUAUGCUGACAUUACACCGGGUAGCUUGCCCGGGCCCGGCAGGCUGACGUGUAAGUUGAUAAGUUGCCAGACUUCUGGCAAAUGCUCGCCAAGUCGCGAGGUUUUUUGUUGUCAAAUCCGCUACUUUUUAGCGACCUCAGAAAUGAGCCCCAAAAAUAUUACAUUUUGAUAGCUAAUCACGAUGCUAUGGGCUCACUCCCCCUCAUGAGGGAAAGUGGACAGCUUUGGUGAGGGGGAGUGAGCCCAUAGCAUCGUGAUUAGCGAAACUAGCAGUGUUUUGGGCCCGGCAAAUCGUGCCCAUAGCGUGCAGUCUAGCUCCUAGAAAAAAAUUAAAAAGGUACUCACUUUUUCAUUCAAAUCAGCCACUUUUUGUCAUUCAAAUCAGCGACUUUUUGAGCUCGAAUCUGCGAGCCGCAAAAAAGCCACAAAAAAUAUUACAUUUUGAUGGGUAAUCACGAUGUUAUAGGGUCACUCCCCCUCAUGAGGGGGAGUGGGCAGCUUUGGUGAGGGGGAGUGAGCCUAUAGCGUCUUGAUUAGCUUUCGCAACAUGUUGACGACAGACUGCAAACCUGUGCGAGGACGCUUUUGGUCGCACAAAAAGCAACGCAAACGCUGCGCAUUUGGAGUCGAAAUGUGCAAGAUUUGAUGACGCGAAAAUGUAUAUAUUUGGUGACAUAAAAGUGCAUUAUUUGGUAACCAAAUAAAUAUUCAAAACUUAAUAUUUUGAGGGGGAGGGGGAGUUAUUCACUUGCGUAACAAGUUUCCAGACCCAGACGUGUUUGCAUUUGAUAGAAAGGUGGCAGUACCAAGUCCGGCGCGAAAGGUGGAAACAACAAUACCGGAGCGAAAGGUAAAAGCCCAAAUCUGAACAAAAACAAAAAUCUUGACUCAAGCCAUAUAAAAAGUGCGUUGGCAUUUACUAUUCUGAUUCAGGUCCAUGUACUUGAUCUAUCUCCAUUCAAACAGACUUUCCAAUAUUAUAGACUUCGCUUUUCACAACUACCAGUAGAAAUCUGAAUCAAUGGCAGUAGCACUUGAAGAAAUUGCGACGCAAGUGCAAGAUCACGACGUAGUACUUACUGGCGACAUCCGCGUGAGUUGGUUCGUUUGUAAUAACAUCCCACCAAUCCUGAUCAUGAAACAAUAAUCUCAAGGUAACGAGUCUGGCUCCGCGAAGGGUUCUGGAUCUGGCAAACCCAAACCGAAACCAGGUAGCAAAAACGCAGCCAAGGCAAGCACUGGCAGCUCGGGUCCAGCUAGCAGUGCGAAAACUGGAAACAAAACGAAUGUCGCUGCGGGGAGGAGUUCGGUGAUAUCCGCCGCAACAGUCGUGACGCGCCGCUCGCACUCAUUGCAAGAGAUACUCUGCAUGACAGAUUUUCCAUUUGGUUUUCUGAAUAGUCCGUGCAAUGCGUGCUAGUUGUGAGCGCUGGGCGAUGUCUUUGCACAUGCAUAUUUUUUGAAGAAGAACACCAUCAAGGAACAUAAGGUAAUGAAAAAAACUACUGCAAAAAUGAAGAAAGCCGCUGCAGCUGGUUCGUCCUCGUCCUCCUCUUCGUCUUCCACCGCGAAAAUGGCCGUGAACCAAACUAGUAUGAAAAAAGUACCGGCUGGAUCUGCUACUGCUUUCGCCCCGUCUUCUACCACAAAAAUGAGCAUGAAGAAAUCGUCUGGACCCGGAUCUGCCCCAGUCGUGGUCGCGUCCUCUUCUACCACAAAAAUGAGCAUGAA